AUGUCCACAACCACCGAGACAAAGCAGCAGCGCAACUUUGCGACUCGCUUCGAGACCAAAGAUCUUGUGACUUUUGACAAGGAUACUAUCUACGGUGACUGGCGCGACGAGUUCCACAAGAAUGGCUGCGUCUUGAUCAAGGGCGUCAUCUCUCCCGAGCGAGCCCAAUACUACUGCGACAAGCAAAUCGAGUGGUUGAAAAAGUUCGAGCUCGGAUUCGACGAGAAGGAUCCCAGCACCUGGACCGCCGAGCACCUCCCGGUCAGCUUCAAGGGUGGCAUGUAUUUUGGCUAUGGCUCCAACCACGAGAAGAUGGCCUGGGAGGCUCGUACUGAGCCCAACGUUGUUGCUAUCUUCGAGAAGCUCUGGGGCACCAAGGAGCUGAUCACAUCUUUUGACGGCAUGAACAUCUCCAUGCCUAACCGAAAGGACCUGACCUGGAGCCCUUGGCCUCACUGUGAUCAGAACCCCAAGCGCAAGGGUAUGCAAGCAGUCCAAGGCCUCCUCAAUUACGCCCCGAACGGUCCCAAGGAUGGCGGUCUCAUGCUCAUGAAGGGUUCCGCUGCCCUUUUCAACGAGUUCUUCGAGCAGAAGCGCGAGUCCGCCGACCACGAGGAUGCCCCACCCCCCGAGCUCGAGAUGAUGGAUCUCUUCCUUUUCAGUGAAAAGGACAAGAAGUGGUUCGAGGAUCGCGGCUGCGAGAUGAUCAAGGUCAACAUGGAGCCCGGUGACUUUGUUCUCUGGGAUUCGCGCACCAUGCACUAUGCCUGCCUGCCUGAGGGUGAACAGAUCCGUCAUGUGCAGUACAUCUGUAUGACGCCCCGAAAAUUUGCCGAUGAUGAUGCCCUGGAGGCGAAGAAGUACUGUUUCGAGAACUGGCUGGGCACUACUCACUGGCCUCAUUGCAACAUCCGCGUGGCCGAGGACAAGCCCAUGAGAAACGGAAAGAUUUGCCCCAAGUACCGAACAGAGCCUUUUGAGAAGCCCGAGCUCACUGAUCAGGUUCUUCAACUUGCCGGUGUCAAGCCUUAUUGA